ACCUUGUAACCCGGAAAUAUAAAUUGGCACGACUCCUGUCCCGAUACAGCUUCUCAGUGCCGAGAAAUCGGGUAAAAUGGCUUCACGCCUGAGCCGAAUCUGGCCCGCCCUGUCCCGGGUUCGCUUGAGGUCGGCGCUCGGGUGUCGCUGUGUGUCACAGACAACGAAAUCCAGUGCGGCCGUUGCGUCCGAUCUGCAGCCAGUGUCGCCCGCUGCUCAGGACAGUCAUGGACAUACAGAGGUCAGCCCGUUUGAGAAGAAUCCAGAUUUCCAUGGCUUCCAUCAUCAGGACUCAUUUGUGGAUGAAUGGAACAUGAGGUUGGCAUUUUUCUUUGGCAUAUCAGUGGCCAUUGUUAUCGGAGGCACUUUCAUCCAUUACUUACCAGAUCACGGUAUGAGGCAGUGGGCUCGGCGGGAAGCUGAGAGGUUGAUCAAACAGAGGGAGGCUGAUGGUCUUCUUCUCAUGUCUGAAAACUAUUACGACCCCAGCAAGAUUGUUCUCCCCUCAUCUGGAGAGGAGUAGACAAUAUUCUGUCAAUAAAUAUCCUGUUCAUUUGUGUUUGAUUGUACAUUUGACUCUCCACAACUGUUAUAAUAAAAUUAAAUAUGUUAUAA